AGAGUCUGUCACUGCCACAGAAGCUGCAGGACCAUGGCAUUUGCACUGGAGAAAAUAGCGACCUCUUCCUCUCUGCUUUUGUACCUGGCCGCUGGAUUUUGCCUCAUCUACGUGCUGCUGAAAGCGAUCCAGCUGUAUCGCAAGAGACAACAGCUCCUCAAAGCUUUUGAGAGUUUCCCAGGUCCCCCCAGCCACUGGCUGUAUGGCCACAGCUCUCAGAUUUCUCAAGGUGGAGAAUUAAACAAGUUGCUGUCUUGGGCAAAAAAGUACCCCUAUGCCUACCCCAGAUGGAUUGGAGGUUUCAUGGCUUUCUUAAUAGUCAACCACCCUGAUUAUGCCAAAACGGUGUUUGGCCAUGGAGAUCCCAAGGGUCUUGCAAUCUAUAAAUUCUUAAUUCCCUGGAUUGGCAAGGGAUUACUGAUCUUACAUGGGCCAAAGUGGUUCCAGCAUCGAAGACUGCUGACACCAGGGUUUCAUUAUGAUGUGCUGAAACCUUAUGUCUCAUUGAUGGCAGAGUCUACCAAAGUGAUGCUGGAUAAGUGGGAACGGCUGAUCACACUGGAUAAAUCAGUGGAGCUCUUUGAACAUGUCAGCUUGAUGACCCUGGACAGCAUCAUGAAAUGUGCCUUCAGUUGUCAUAGCAACUGCCAGACUGACAGUGACUCAGACUACUACAUCAAAGCAAUCUAUGACCUGACCUACCUGGUGUUUCAUAGAAUCCGUUUUUUCCCAUUUCAUAAUGAUUUCAUCUAUCGAAUCAGUCCUCAAGGACGUCGCUUUCAGGAGGCCUGCCGACUAGCACACCAGCAUACAGAUAAAGUAAUAAAAGAGAGAAAGACGUCCCUCCGAGAUCAGCAAGAACUUGAAAAGAUCCAAAAGAAGAAGUACUUGGAUUUUCUGGACAUCCUUCUGUGUGCCAAGGAUGAAAACGGAGCUGGAUUAUCCGAUGAAGACCUACGUGCUGAGGUGGACACGUUUAUGUUUGAGGGUCACGAUACCACGGCCAGUGGGGUCUCCUGGCUCUUGUACUGCAUGGCCCUGUACCCAGAGCACCAGCAGCGAUGCAGGGAAGAGAUCAAGGAGAUUCUGGGAGACAGAGAGACCAUUCAGUGGGAUGACCUUGGCAAAAUGACUUACAGCACCAUGUGCAUCAAGGAGAGCCUUCGCCUUUACCCUCCAGUACCUUCAGUGUCCCGACUGCUCAGCAAACCCAUCACAUUCCCCGAUGGACGUACCUUACCAGAAGGGUCUCUGGUUGCCGUGCAUAUUUAUUCUCUUCAUAGGAACCCAGCUGUAUGGCAAGAUCCAGAGGUGUUUGAUCCCAUGAGGUUUUCACCAGAGAACUUGUCCAAGAGGCAUUCCCAUGCUUUCCUGCCCUUCGCAGCUGGAGCACGGAACUGUAUCGGGAAGCAGUUUGCCAUGAACGAGCUGAAAGUGGCUCUCGCCCUGACUCUGCUCCGCUUUGAGCUGUCUCCUGAUCCAGCCAAACCGCCCAAGGAAAUACCACAGGUUGUCCUCAAGUCCAGCAGUGGGAUCCACCUACUCUUAAGGAAACUGUGACGGGUUGAAUCACAGAAACCCCCUUGGGAGCUGCCACCCAAUGUGCAAAGACUACCCCUGCUUCUGUUUUCCCUGCCAGCUCAGGACUCCAGCACCCUGUCUUGCUGAGCCGGACACUCCCGUCUGGCUCCAGACACAGACCCAGGGUCCGAAUCACUUGUCCCAAAGCUGCAAGUUUACCUGAAAACAGCUCGCAGUAGCGUGCUUGUCUUUAGCACUCAGAUGCCCAACUCCCAAUGGGGUCUAAACCCAGAUAAAUCCGUUUUACCCUGUAUAAAGCUUAUGCAGGGCAAACUCAUAAAUUGUUCGCCCUCUAUAACACUGAUAGAGAGAUAUGCACAGUUGUUUGCUCCCCCAGGUAUUAAUACAUACUCUGAGUAAAUUACUAAAUAAAAAGUGAUUUUAUUAAAUACA